AUGACCUCUAGUCAGGCAUCCAAUACUUGUGAUUGGCCCCACCAAGGAGCGAAGUAUGAAGAGAGAAGGGCCAGUGGCCUUACUCUAGAAUUGCGAGACACGCGUCGGCGUCUAGGGUUGGACAUACUAGCACUAGGAGGUCUACGGCGUUCAUCGUCGUCUCUUAAUUGGAACGAGAAGAAAUGGGGGACUCAGGUGGUGACGUCUUCUGGUUACAUCGCCGCGAGGCUCCUCCUUUUUGCCAAGACAAAGUGGUAG